AUGGAUCCGGAAGAUAAGAUAUGCGAGGAGGAUACAUGGAUAAAGUCUUCCUCAAGUCAUGAAUCUUGUGAACCGCCAAACAAUCAACCUUUAACCAGUUUCGACUCAUUGGAACAGAAGAUGGAUGGUUCGUCAUUUCUUGAUUACGGAACGACAUUUGAUGAACAAUUCCCCGGUUUCAAUCAGCCUUCCGUUGCCCACAAGAUCAAUGACAAAAAUCCAAUCUUGGGCAAACAUUACAAUCAGAUGAGUGAGGCUCAACCCUCGAACAAAGUUGAAGAUUGGGAUCCUAGAGCAAUACUAAACAAUCUUUCUUUCCUGGAGAAAAAGAUACAUCAGCUUCGGGAUAUGGUGCAUUUGAUUGUUGGACGAAGAGAACAAGUUAUGGGUCAACGCGAUCAACUUUUGGUUCAUCAACAGCAGCUUAUCACUGCUAAUCUCACUUCGAUUAUAGUUCAAUUGAUUUCUACGGCUGGGAGCCUUCUUCCAUCUGUCAAUCCUACUGUUUCCUCUUCGAGUGCUAUCGGUUCGCUUGGGCAUUUUGGUGGGGUAACGAACUCUUCAGGAUUUUUUCCGAAUUCUGGAAUCCCGAAUAUUAACAAUGUAAACAAAGUGGAUCUGUCGAACCAAACUGAUCUAACUGGUUAUUGUGGGGCUGAGCAGAACUGUUCUGUUGAAGAUCAUGAAUUAAAAAGUGAUGAUGAUGCUGAUGAAGGUGAGAACCUACCUCCAGGUUCUUAUGAAAUUUUGCAACUGGAGAAGGAGGAAAUCCUUGCUCCCCACACCCAUUUUUGCACGAUAUGUGGAAAGGGAUUCAAGAGAGAUGCCAAUUUACGGAUGCAUAUGAGAGGUCAUGGAGACAAGUAUAAAACUCCAGCCGCUCUUGCAAAACCCAGCAAAGAAUCGACCUCUGAGUCAAUGCUCAUCAAAAGGUAUUCCUGCCCUUAUGUUGGCUGCAAACGCAACAAGGAUCACAAAAAAUUUCAGCCUCUGAAGACUAUCUUAUGCGUAAAAAACCAUUACAAGAGAACUCACUGUGACAAAACGUACAUUUGCAGUCGAUGCAAUGCGAAGAAAUUCUCAGUUCUUGCAGAUCUCAAAACACACGAGAAACAUUGUGGUCGAGAUAAAUGGCUUUGCUCGUGCGGGACAACGUUCUCUAGGAAAGAUAAACUUUUUGGUCAUAUCAGUCUCUUCCAAGGUCAUACUCCUGCUAUUCCUGUAGAUGAACCAUCUGAUCCAGGACAAAGUAGUGAAGCACCGAAAGUUGGGCAAAUGGAUAUCGACUUUAAGUCGAGUGCACCAAGUGGAAGUGCAUUUCAAAAUGCUAUGGAUACAAAAUUUUCUGGAGAUGAUUCUACAAGUAUUUCGCAAUUGAAUUUUGACACAAGUGACAGUGGAUUCAACGAAUUCCCUCGACCACCAUUUGAAGAUGCGGGAAGUUCAUUCUCCUUUCUACUUUCUGAUGCAUAUGGUUACCCUCCAAAGAAUGGAAGAUAUUCAAACUCUAAUGAUCUAGAAUAG